AUGGAGGUGGCCAUGGAUGGAAGCCACAAUGGGCGCCGGAAAUGCGCUCGGCGAAGCUCGUCUGCCGAGCUGCUCGAAAAACCGGAGUCGGACCUUUUGACACAAAUGUACCACAUGCGCAACGACGACUCGCUGGCCGACGCUCUCACCAACAACGAAAGCGAGCAUUCCAACGUGUCCACUUCGUCGGCAGCGUCGGCGUCGACCGCCGCAACCUCGGCCUCGAUGAUGGACUCCCAGGUGUACACAAACAAGCAAAACACAGCCGCCAACAACGUGACCCCGGCGCCCAAUAACACAGACAUGCGGCCUCCCGAGUCGCCGGGCCCGGGCUCGUCGGCGUCGCGAAAACGCAAGGCACCAAUGGCGUCGUCGGAGGAAAUCGACGCAGAGCUGCGCAGAGCCGCAGAGCAACUGGUGGGCCUGCCAAUUGAAGAUAUUGUGGAAACCCUGCGUCGACAGGACUCGCCCGCCGGCAGAGGCCAUGGCAACGAGCGCACCAAGCAGACCUUUGGCAUGGCCUGGCUCAUGAAGUUCUGCGAGCUCAAUGAGCAGUCGUCGGUCCUGCGAUCCCGCAUCUACGCCCGCUACGUGACCAUGUGUUCGCAACACAAUGUGCGGCCCAUGAACCCGGCAUCGUUUGGCAAGCUCGUGCGCGUCAUCUACCCCGACCUGACCACGCGACGACUGGGAGUUCGUGGCCAGAGCAAGUACCAUUACUGCGGCAUCCGGCUCACCGGCGAGGCCGAGGAGAUCUCUACCCCCGGGCCUGGAUCGCCUGAUCGGGCCUUCACCCCCGAAUUGACUCCCUUCGACUCGCCCUACGGGUUCCGUGGCAAGACUGAGACUCCCGACUACGCGCUGGGCCUCAACUCCAUGAUGGCGUCCCAGCCCGGCACGCCACAGCAGCAUAUCCAAAAUCAUCAGCAGCAGCAUCUGCAACAAAAUCACCAACAGCAUCAUCAACAGCAACAGCAGCAGCAGCAACAUCAACAACAUCAACAACAGCAGCAGCAACAGCAACAACAACAACAACAACAGCAACAGCAACAGCAACAGCAACAGCAACAGCAACACAUAAUGGGAACCCCCCAACCAGGCGUACCCGACCUUCGUUUCGUGUCGAACCUAACGGAAGUGUCACUAUCAGAAGGCUACGACUCCCUCAUGCUGCCCUCGAUGGAGCCGUACCUUCCUCUGGGCACUGACAGCGACACCGCCAACACGCUAGCGGCGCUCUACAAGGCCCACUGCCAGUCGCUGGUCGAAUCGCUACGGUUCAUGCAUAUCAGAAAAUUUCUCCACAUUCAUGGAGCUUUCAUUGGGGGCCUGACAUCCACAGUUCAAAAGCUGUAUCGACAUGAGUCGCUGCAGCCGUGGGUGGCCAAGGCCGACUGGAUUAUGUACAAGGACAUGGUCCAGAUGCUGUCGCCUUUGGCGCUGCAGGAGAUUCCUCCACAGGUCCUGUCGGGUCUCAAGAGCUUGUCGCAAUACUUGCCCGAGUACCUCAAGUCGUCUUUGUGCAAGACGUCGCCGGGGUUUGUGGAGACCAAGCUCAAGCCCGCGCGGGCGUUUGCAUCACUGCUGAUGCGGCUGGUGCGGGUGUCGGAGCUGGCUCUCAACGCCGGCAAGCUGCUGGCGUCCGACCACGACCGAGCGGUGAUGAAAAACGAUUGGAUCAAGUACGUGGACAGCGGGCUGAUAGUGGCUCGAGACGUUCCGUGCUCAUCACAGGAGGUGACCAAGAUUCUCGACGUCGACCUUCCGCAGCUGCUGGACUACAAGGAUCCGGUGGCGUCGGCUAUAGUGGAGCACUGGGCAAUGUACCUGAUGACUCUUCCGUCGCGGUUCACCAACGUGUACCCCCAUAUGUUUCUGCUUUACAUGAACGCUGUGUUUACAGCCGCACUACGGGAGAUUUUUCUCAACGGAGGAGACGGGUUUGGAGCGUGGAUGGUGGUUCGGUGCUGGGUGGAUGAAUGGAUGGGAUGGACGGCCGAACAGGGCACGUUUCUGUCUGCCGACCACAACAAGGAGGUCAACAAGCAUGAGAACAAGGAAGGGACGCCCCAUGGCAACCCCGCCAAGUUUCUCGACAUGACUGUGGGGUUGCUCAAGCCCACCCACAAGGAUGCAUAG